AUGCACGCACUCAUCCACUGGAUCCGACGGAACCGUCGGGCAUCCUUGGUGCUGGUCGCCACGACAGUGAUGCUCCUCCAAACGAAGCUGUGGAAAUGGGACGGAGACAAGAUGGAUACCAUGCCGCCUCUCACGACAGCAACGGUGAUCCAUUCAACUCCCGCAACGCUCAACUUCACUCCACCCUUCCACACGAAGGGCCGACAUAUCCUCGAUGCGAAAGACAUCCCGCUCAAACUCGCCAGCAUCAACUGGUACGGAGCCAGCGAUACAGAUUAUGUCCCCGGUGGAUUGGAGGUGCAGCAUCGGGAUACGAUCGCGGCGUUGAUUCGGGAUCUCGGGUUUAACAGUGUGCGGCUUCCGUACGCGGAUGAGAUCGUUAUGAAUAACCCGGUCAUCGGGCCGAGUGUCAUCGCUGCGAACCUAGAUCUGUUCAGCAUUAAGCGUGAGAAAGAUGAACCGCUGCGCGCACUCGAUUUAUUCCAUGCCGUGGUUGAGAGUCUCACUGCGGCGGGUUUAUUGGUCAUUGUCAACAAUCAUAUCACGCAAGCGACAUGGUGUUGUGGGGUGAAUCCAUGCGAUCUGAGCUGGAAGAAUGACUGGUUUGGUGCAGACAUUCUAUGUACGGUAUCGCAGACCGAAGAGCGCUGGAUCCGCAACUGGGAGACGGUGAUGGCGCCGCUGGUGUCGAACCCUCUGGUUCUCGGGGCGGAUCUGCGCAACGAAGUUCGUGGUCUCUGGGGUACGAUGCACUGGGAUGAAUGGGCGGAUGCAGCUGAAAAGGCCUCUGAACGAUUGUUAGCGAUGAACCCGGACUGGCUCAUGUUCGUGGAGGGAAUCUCCUCGGCGAACGAUCUGUCCGGGGCGAGAACUCGUCCUGUGCAGCUUAGCAUUCCGGGACGGGUGGUAUACUCGGCACAUGUAUACAAAUGGUCUGGCUGGGGCAGUCUGCGGCCAUUCUCAUCACGAACGUAUGAGGACUUUGCAACGACGAUGUGGAAGAACUGGGGGUAUUUGUUGACGGAGGAGAUUGCCCCCGUAUGGGUGGGGGAGUUUGGUACACCCGACACGCCCAGCGAAGGAGACCAGAAUUACUGGCGUCAUCUGAUGCGAUAUCUGGAGGCGAUGGAUGCCAGCUGGGGGUAUUGGGCCCUGAAUGCACGCAAGGCCACGGGGGAGUGGGAGAGUUAUGGGCUGGUUGGGGAUGAAUGGGAUUGGGCCAGCGUACGGCGAGACUAUCGGCUGAAAGAUUUGGCCCGCCUCGGGAGACGAGAAGAGAUCGAAUGA